ACACUGGAGAACAACCACAAAAUAAGUACCUACCUAUUAGAUAUAUGCACGAUUGCACGUGAGAUUGGAAAAUUGAAUACCUGUUUAAAAUCUAAUCAUGAAAUUGAGCAACAUGGAUUGCAGACUGACAAUUUCAGAAAAAAGCAGAACUUUAUGACAUUAUGGCGAAAAAGUCGCUCUAUUUUGUAACUUUUUGAGCAAUUUUUGGGAAAAGUCAAACUUAUUAGAAUUUUUUGCAGCAAACUGAAAAUUACUAUCAAAUUUUUUGCAAAAAACGAGUCCACGACUAUUCUAACAAAAAGCUCGAGACUUGUUGCUACGUAAGAUUAAUGACAACUUACAAAAAUAAAAGCAAAAGGUAAGCUAUUUAGCAAGUUUUGGCAAAACAGCGAAACUGUUUCACAAUUUUUUGUAGCAUGAAUGUGAGGCAUUUGCAAUUUCUAUGGACGAAAAUGAACAUUUUUUGUAAUUUUAAUUUUAAAAAAAAACAUACUUUUUAGCGAUUCCAAUAAAAAAGAGAUUCUGUCAACCAAAUGGCAAAAAGCAGGAAUUAUUGGCAUUUAUAUGGGCAAAAAAAAUAUGCUUUCCCGCAAAUUUGUUAAAAAAACUACUUAAAAGUUUUUUGCAAACUUUUUGCAAACAAACGAGAUUUUGGAGUAAUUUUUUUAGAAUUUCUCGUCAAAAAAACGACAAUUUAGAAGCAGUUAAUAUUGGCAACAAAACUGGAUUUUUUGGCAAAUUUUACAAAAGGUGAGACUUUCUGAAAGGCUAUAGGUGGAUAAGUAUGGCGAAUUUGCCCCGAGAGCUUCAGGGCUGAUAUUUGCAUGGAAGGUGGGUACCCUUGAGCACUUUCCAUCACGAAAGUUUCAGACCCCCAUACCCUCCCCCCCCGGUUAUGAGAAACCCCCCCAUUUCUGAAAUUACAAUAGAAAUUUUUUUCUCAGCCCCAUGUGAAUCAAUUUUUUUAAUUUUUUGGUAUGUUGUGAACAUCUAUAAGAGGUAACCCCACAAAAAUUUUCACCCCCCUCCCCCCAUAUUUUCCCCUCAAAAUGGCGUUUUUUAGCUUUGUUUGCCUGUUUUAGCAAAGACCAUGAUUAGGCACAAACAUGCGAAUAGCAUUUUUAAGUGUGUUUUUGACCCCUAAAAAACAUAUAUUUUUUUCAAAAAAAAAUUUUGGUGGGUCGUGGUCAAAAAUUGAAAAAACUCACAGAGGGGGUAAAAAUGGAUUCUGGUGUAAAUUAUUGUUUUUGGUAAACGAGGUGUGGAUGUCGUUUCCACAUGAAUCGAACUACCCGAACACGAAUAUGACGCCCAAUUUUAUGCUACCCUCAACCACACCCCUUCAGUGCCUCUGCCCCCACCGCAAUUUUUACUAUUAUAUUAAAAGUUGAGCUAUAUAAUAAUAUUGGUGUCGUUUUCAUAUGAAUCAAACACUCCGAACACGAAUAUGGAGUCAAAUUUUAUGCUACCCUCAUUCACACUCCUCCGGUGCCUCUGCCCUCCUCAAUUUUUACUGUAUUAAAAGUUGAGCUAUUUUCAUAAUAUUAGUGUCGUUUCCAUGUGAAUCGAACCCCCCGAACAUGAAUAUGAAUUCAAAUUUUAUGCUACCCUCAUCAACACCGGUGAUUUUUUUGUGGUCCAUGCAAGCAUCACCUCCCUCACAUUUUACAUUUGGCAUUGAGAUUUUUAGCCCCCCUUCCAUUGGUGUACAUUCGAUUUUAUACCCCAAAUGUCCUUCGACUUGUAUGUCACACGCCAUGUUUUUGAAAAUGAAUAUCAUAAAGUGUCAUGAACUUCAUUUUUUUUGGAAAAAUUGACACAUUCUCAUUAUUAUAGAACACAAAGGUAUAUGUAUGUAUAUUAUUAUUGUGCGAAUUACAAUCUCAAUAAGUCUAUAGGAAGCUCACACUUCUUAUUUGACAAUUGUCACACAGUUUUUGCAGUAAUUUUAAAGCAAUUUUUAAUUAUUUUUGCUAGCUUCCCAAUCCAAUAUUUUAUUUAUCGCUUUUUCGUGUAUUUUCAAAUAUGCAAUUAGUCGUACACUGUUCUGUCGUUUAAAAUUUUAUUCUGUCGCUUAGACAUGCUUUUUUGGCGGGAGGUGUUGUCGUGAUUCAUAAUUAAAAAUAAUCGUAGUUGUGCUGACUGUUGACUCAUUAUUUGGUCGUUGAAUAAACCUGUCGUUGUAAAGACCUAGGUUGUCGCAUACCACAGCAUUUAUUGUCGUUUGCUGUUGACGUUCAAACACCCUUUUCUGUCGUGCGAUUAUAUACCUAUUUCCCAUUUGAAAUUACCAGAAAUUGAUAGAAUUUUAGUAGAAUCAGAAUAAAGCAUUGUGAAAACAUGAUUAAAAUGACGACGGACAUUUCAUCACAAGAAAAAAAAUUGCCAAAAGGUAAUAAAAUUUCAGUAAAAUUUUUAAAAAUGUAUAAAAACUACGAUAAAACUUGUUUCAAUAAUACGACAACAAUAAAAAAACAACCAAAAAACGAGAGACUGCCGAACGGUCACCAGGUUUUUAACUGAUGUUUCUACAAAUACUUUUCAUAUGAUUGUAUAAUUUUUAAUGAAAACGCGCUUACAGACAUGUUUAAUCAAUUUACCAAUUAACCAAACUGAUAACAGAAGAAUUGAUUAUAUAAAGCUCAAGAUUUUGUAAAUAAGACGUAGGUAGGUAUGUACUAGGUACCUAACGUACCAGAAACGAACUAAUUGCUACAACUUGAAGUCUAGACAUUACCUCAACUUUAAAUUGUGAUAGUAAUGAUAAAAAAUUUAUACGAGAAUCCUAAACAUGGGAUAGUAAUGACAUGAAAACAAGCAGGCAGGUACAACAUUUCAAAUUGUAAUUAAGCCAGUCACAUUAUUUUCAUGUUAGUUGAAUGAGUGUAUCCGUUGGUACAGAUCUCAUAAGUAUAAGGCAGUGAUUUGUUUUGGCGAUUCCAAAAAUGGGAAAUCAUCGCGACGUAUAUCAUCAGUGUUUAGCAGUAAUUCCUGUAUGCCUGCUGGAAAUUUCAAUGGGCCUCGCAUGCGGUUGGAUUGGCCCAAUGAUCAAAACUUUCCUGGAAGAUCCAAACAGCGAGAUCAAAGCCACUGAAGACGAAUGUUCUUGGAUUGCGAGUAUGCCAGGGUUCGGCGAAACAUUCGGGCCAUUUUUUUCAAUCCUACUAUUAGACGAAUUAGGACGUAAAAUCCUGAUACAAAUCGCAACCGCCAUAUUCGCGGCUUUAUGGUUACCAGUUCUAUUCACUCGUUCAGUCACCAUUUUAUGCAUCACAUUUUUCGUUUUCGGCUUGGGAAUGGGCAUUUGCAACGGGGUAACGGCUAUUUACAUGGGAGAAAAUUGCUCCCCAAAAAUUCGAGGCAUUUUUUGUAACGCUAGCGUCACAUCGUUUUAUUUAGGAGUUUUACUGCAAUACACAAUCGCUGAGUACUUAUCAUACAGCGCCAUUGCGACUGUAAAUUUUAUUUUGGCAUUUUGUGGUCUAAUUUCCUGCACAUUCUUGGCCGUCGAAACGGCUCAAUUUCUCAUGUUAAAAGGUCGUUUUGAUAAAGCUGAAUCAAAGAUGAUGUGGUUGAGAGGAACUAAAAACAAAGACGACAUUAUUACCGAUUUCGAAAACAUCAAAGCGAACGUAGCAUCGGAGAAGUUGAAAAAGGCCUCGUACAGGGAGCUAUUUUUCACACCAGUUAAUUUCAAAAGUUUGAUCAUAGUUCUCACUUUAAAUAUGGCUCAUGCAGCUACUGGCAAUGCAUCUUUAUUCAGAUACAUCUCGGUAUUAUUUCCUCAGAAUGAACACUUCACGUCGUAUCAAGUCACCGUGUAUUUUGGAAUUUCUCAGUUGAUUUUCUGCCUUUUGGCUUCCUUCGUGAUUGAAAACGUUAACCGGAGAUCUCUGACUUUAUUCGCAUUUUCUCUUUUUCUCGUAUGUCAUUCGGUUUCUACAUAUUUCUUCUACGAUGCUGCCAAUAACGAGACGCCAUCUAAGUAUGGUUUAUGGAUAAUAUUCGCCAUGGUUUGCUUAUUUUCUGGGUUCAGCGCAGCGCUCGACUCGGUAGUGCAUAUGAUCAGAGGAGAGUUAUUUCCUCAGAGUAUUAAACCCAUUGGGUCUGGAUUGGCAAUUGCGACGAUAUCUUUUACACAGUUUCUAACUAUCAAGACAUUUUUGAUGGUUAAAUCCCAAUAUGGCAUCUAUAUGAAUUUCCUAGGAUAUGCCGUCUGCAGUUUAGCCGCAUUUUGGUUUACUUAUUUCUUCUUACCAGAAACAAGAGGAAAAACUCUAAUUGAGAUUCAGAAAUCAUUAGAAAAACAGAAAUGAAAGUUUUUAAUCGUUGAGAAAAACGAGUAGAAAUUCCGAAAUGGGGACGAUAAUGUAAUAGGUACAUACUUAUCUAAUUAACCUAUUCAUUUAAUGGAAUUGAUGCCAGUUAUAUUUUAUGUACCUACAUGUAGAUGAUCAAAUACACAUGACUAUAAUUUUUCGUAA